UUCUGCAGAGUCAGGAAGAUCCCUUCUUCCUGCGGUCGGAUCUGGGUGACAGCUAGCGCAUUGUCUCGCGCACUGGGUAGAAAAAAGGACUCGCAGCUGCACAUCGCUAGCUAGACUCGAAAUACAAAAUCAAGUCGGCUUCUUUUUAGCGGAUUGUCGUCCAGGGCGCUUUUCUUAUUCAAACCAUGGGGAACAGAGAUGAUGAGUACGAUUUCUUGUUCAAAGUGGUGCUAAUUGGAGACUCUGGCGUGGGGAAGAGUAACCUGCUGUCCCGAUUCACACGGAACGAGUUCAACCUGGAGAGCAAGAGCACCAUCGGCGUGGAGUUCGCCACCCGGAGCAUCCAGGUGGACGGGAAGACGAUAAAGGCCCAGAUCUGGGACACGGCGGGACAGGAGCGCUACAGAGCCAUCACCUCAGCGUACUACCGAGGGGCAGUGGGGGCCCUGCUGGUGUACGACAUCGCCAAGCACCUGACCUACGAGAACGUGGAGCGCUGGCUGAAGGAGCUGAGAGACCACGCCGACAACAACAUUGUCAUCAUGCUGGUGGGCAACAAGAGCGACCUGCGCCACCUGAGGGCCGUGCCCACCGAUGAGGCGCGCGCCUUCGCAGAGAAGAAUAACCUGUCCUUUAUUGAGACAUCAGCGCUGGACUCAACCAACGUAGAAGAGGCUUUCAAGAACAUUCUCACAGAGAUCUACCGCAUCGUGUCACAGAAGCAGAUCGCUGACCGGUCGGCACACGACGAGUCUCCAGGCAACAACGUAGUGGACAUCAGCGUUCCGCCCACCACCGACGGGCAAAGAGGCAACAAACUGCAGUGCUGUCAGAACCUGUGACCCCGUGACCCCUGACCCCCAUCAGGACCCCCCCCCCCCCUUCUACCCGCCCCUCCGGUCUCCGCUUUGCUCCUGAAUAUUGUGCUGCUGCUGCUCCCCGUACCUGCACACAAACACAAUUCUUUCUUUUUAUUACUUGUUAACGUUCACGUGACCUUCUGCCAUGUAAUGAAGUUUUACAACCUCUCUUUCUCUGUCUGUCGUUCAUGGCCUGCCCCCUCCAAUGCUCCUGCAGUGCAGGGGCAGAGUAGUUAGCUAUUAAAUUCACAAUGAUACUUGAAGUGAUACUGCAGUGAUGUAGUUACCAAUGUGGUCCACAAGGUGGGGCCCUGCACACCGACCACCCUACAGUACAGUUAGUUCAAAACAAGAAUCAUGCAAAAUACUGUACCAUUUUAUCAGUGAUGUAUUGGUUGGAGAGUUGCACACAAUUAAUGAUCAUGCCAAAAACGACCUUGAUUGUUGCCGUUAUUGUAUCCAACAUACUUUAUUUAGUCAUAAACACAAGAAUUUAAAAUAGAAAAAAAGACGUCGUAUAUUUUACAGUUGACAAUGAUUGAGAUAGGGGCAUAAGACAUACUGCAGCUGAAUUACGUUAAUUAGUAAUUGGUCUGGUAGAAAAGGAUCUAUAUAUUAACAAUGUAAACUAAAUGUGUCCUGAAUCCCUUUUACACUUUUGUUUAAAGCUUAACAUAGUACACUAAAGCGUGGAGACAUACAGUAUAGAAUCAUUAGUACUCUCUGGAAACUAAAGUGCAAAUAUUUGAGACAGAAUUAAAUCAUGCACAGUCCAGUAGAUGGUAGAGCAUAUAAGUCUUGUCUUUUGAGAAUAAUGUAUUUAUUCGCUAAUGAGAAGGGUAGAGAAAAGUUCAGUUCAGGGGGCAGAAUUGUAGUUGGUUAGGUGACCCUCAGUGACAGGAGUAUGCAGGAAAUCGAGGGUCCAUUAUGCAGUUAAGAGUAAAAUAAAAGUCCUGAAAGGGGAGGAGUUUCUCUAGAGAGCCAAAUUCAUGUCCCUGGAAUUGAUGGCAGACAUUCCCUCCAAAAUGAUGGACAUUUGAUAUUUAAUAACAGGACUGGUAUUUAUUUUGGAAUGAUAUGCAUUAAAACAUAAACUCGACACCUUUCCUCUCAUUGUGUACAUUCUGUAUCAAGCAGACAGGCAGAUUUUUAAGGACAGAAAUAAAUCAAUGUUGGAAAAGCA